UGACGGCGUGGAUGAUUUUCAAAACAAAACCUCGCGUUUCUUCAUCUGUUUCAUCCGAUUCAUCAGGCUUUGCUAAGCGCGGCUGCGAAAAAUCUAGAAUUUCGUUAAUAGUUUCCUGUUUCCUCCGGUCAGCAAUUGUUAGUGCUAUGUCCGACCCGAGCUCCAAGGAUACGGUCUUGAAGACGGCCAUGAUCUACGUGUGCGGUGAAUGCCACCACGAGAACGAAAUGCGUCCCCGGGAUCCGAUCCGUUGCCGUGAAUGUGGCUACCGUAUCAUGUACAAGAAGCGAACCAAGCGAUUGGUUGUUUUCGACGCACGUUAGAAGGACAAAACACUCAAGUAUAGAAUCAUAAGCUGUAUGUAAAAAAUAACGAGUCUUACAAAAAAUUAAAUGAAUAAUGAUUUGAA